UCCUCGCACCCGCUGCUCCGCCCCUUCGCUCCUCCCUGUCCCCGGCCGCGAGCAGUGGAUGGGCCCGGCCUACGUCUGUACCUGAGCCGCCGCUGCGGUGUUUCUGGCCUAGCGGGGGCCGCGCCGCAUCUACCUUCGCCCCGCCGCCAUGGAAGAGGACAUGGAGCUGGAGAGAAAGGCAGUAGAAGAGCUUCUUAAAGAGGCAAAGCGUGGGAAAACCAGAGCUGAAACAAUGGGAGCUAUGGGUUGGAUGAAGUGCCCUCUUGCAGGUACAAAUAAAAGAUUUCUUAUUAAUACUAUUAAGAACACGUUACCCUCCCAAAAAGAGCAAGACGAAGAACACGAACAGGAGGAGGACAGUAAACCGCCUGAGCCAAGUGAGAGCAGGAAAGAAGAAAAACCAAAGAAACAUAGAACUUAUCCUUACACACCCAGCUUUCAGGCCAGAAGAAGAGUCAGCUAUUCUCCUCCUAGGUACCGGAACAGGAGCCGGCACACAAAGGAUAAGUACGAAAAGUGACCAAGCAAACAGAGAAGGAUAGAUCAGAUCUGAAGAAAGGAAGACUUGAGCACUCCUAGCCCACAUGUACACUUUCUGUAGCUUGUAAGAGGUCAAUAUCUAUCUACUGAGAGAACUGCUGACUUCUAUAGAUAUUUUCUUUAGUGUUAAGAACAAAUUUAAAAUGGGCAAUGUUAGCUUUAAUACCUAGGAGGAAUUAUCUGUAAUAUGGAAUAUGUAAUAUGGUUCACCUGUUCGCAUGUGUUCUACAAACUGAUCAGAAGGGAUGACAAACAUUAGCAGUAAUAAACUCUAGAUGCAAUACUUCUGUCUGUAUUUAGACUUCCUUCUUCAGAGGAAGUAGUGUGAAAAACAUAGAGACAGUGCUUUGAAAACAACCUCAGCAGCUAACAUUACCAUGUCUCUAUCCACGCCUGUGAAUUUUACAAUUAGAUAUAAUACUAGAGUCACAGAGCAAGGAUUAAAAAAAUGUUUUCUAACCACUGAUGUAACAACUUUCAAUGCCUGUAUGACAAUUUUGUAGUGGUAAAAUUCUAAAAUUCAUAAAUGUAAUUACACAUCA